AGCAUGAAUGGACGCCUCCCCAACUUCCCUCCCUGGGGCACCCACUCCCUCUCAAGCUUUGAGACAUGGGGGAGAAGUGGGACACAGGAUUGAGGAAAGGGGACCACCCUCCCUUUCCCCAACAGCCCAGUGAAUGGCCCUCUCCCGGUCCUCAGAGCCUUAUUGAGAGAACUGGAAAAUCCAGUUGCCCAGCCCCCCUCCCUCACCCCACACGCACCAUUGCUCAGGACUGAGCGGGGAGCAGGAAGGCAGGCCCAGUGAGCAGAGGCCAGCGGGCCUUCAAACAUCUCUUCCAGCAUCUGAGAAGCAAGGAGGUAGAGCCGCAAUGGGGGCUGGGCUGCCCCUUGUCCUCCUCCUGACCCUCGUCAGCAUUUCACAGGGGGCAGGGCCGGGAAUGACUUUGCAUCUGAAGUUGAAGAACUCCCUUCUGGCAAAUUCCUCCCAGGAUUCCAGCUUCCUGGACUUUCUCCAGAAGUUCUGCCUUCUCCUCCACCUCCCCUUGGGGACCAAUGUCACCCUGCAUCAAGCAGGGUCCUCACAGCACGCCACCUGCAGAGUCUGAGAGCAGUUGAAGCCUGUGCCCUUCUUGGCUGGGGCAUCCAGUCCCCGGGGAGCACCAUCCCGACCCUGUCUUCCAGCAGGCCCUCACCCCGCUCAGUGGCAGUAAAUAUGCUGAAUUCAGUGA